AUGUGUUUAAUAAUAACAAAUAGGCAAACUGGAUCAAAUAAGUCAAAAAGAUGUUGCAUCAAAGAUUCCAUCAAAAUCAACCAGCACAGGAAGCACUUUAUUACUUCUGUUUUAGUGCCUAGUAUAAUAGUUCAUAAAGGAUCUCCCAUAGUUGCCAGCAAUACUGGUGAAAAUUCCUGUUUGGUUCAGGAUUCAAUAGAACAAACAAUAGUUAAAGAAGAAAAAGAAACAGAAAAUUUAGAAUACGAAAUGAGUUUGGGAGAUGAGUCAGUUGUAGGGCAACAGGGAUCAGCAGCUACGAAUACGAUAACUGCACCAGUUAAUUGUUUGCCAGUUCCACCACCUGUUAGUCCUCCUGUUAAACAGGCUUCACUUAAUUCUUCUCUUAAAAGUGGCAAUAGAAACUUAAUAAAGUCUAACAGUGUUCCUAGUCGCUCUAAAAUGGAUAAAAUAAUAAAUAAACAAGAAAGUUUCGAAACAGAAAAUGGAAUUAUGCCAUCCAUUCAAAGACUACGGAGUAAUCCUAAAGUUAAAUUAUUGCAAAGAAGUCACGCAGUUCGAGAAGAAACAUCUCCACCUCGGAAAAUUGAGCUUACGUACACACCAACAAACAGCGAAAAGUUAUCCGUUAACAAAACAGUCGGAAAUGCUGUGCCUCAGGCAAAUAAUCCCGGUUUUCAAAGUGGUAAUAGUCUUCAAGUAAACAAUAAUCUUAGUAGACCUAAUUCGAGGCACAAGUUAAGACAUCAAGGUUCAAGCCAAGGUAGUUUGGACAAUUCCAGCCCGUGUUUAUCUAGAGGGAUUGAUCUCAAUCAAUUUAUCGCGGAUACAUUAAAUAGAAAUUAUAAAGAUAGAAUGCUUUUGUUGCAAAUCGAACAAGAUUUAAUCUCGCUGAUCAGAGACAAGAGAUCGCAUCAAAAAUUUCCUCUCAUGUCAUCAUAUCAGAGAAUGUUAGUUCAUAGAGUUGCUGCAUAUUUCGGUAUGGACCACAACGUUGAUCAGACGGGACACUGCGUAGUUGUUAGCGUGACGCCUUCUACUCGACUUCCAGAAAUUCGAUUCGGUGAACUUAUUAGAGAUGAUUUUCGUUUUUCUGAGGAGCCUAGACGUUGCAUAUUAAAACGAGAUUCCAGUUCGUUCGAAGAAGGAAUGCAAUUAAGGUCCCCCGAGCGUCAGCUAAGCGGCGACUCACGCCGAUCCAAGAGUUUUGAAGAAAGAGAGGAGGAGUAUGAAAGAGCUCGCAAGCGAAUUUUUAAUCGCGAUGAUGGAUUUUCCGCGUGUUCCCCUUAUCGCACUCACGACAUUAAUUCCAGGAGAAGUUCACACGAAGAAUUACGAUGGCACGAAGAAUCUCAAGCGUGGUCUAGUUCAGACAGUGACAUAUGCACAAAUUCAUUGAAAGGUUCAGUUUCCAAAAGUUAUAGUUUUGGAGGAUAUCCUGGAAUGACUCGAGGAGACAGUAUGAGCUCUUGCAGUUCACGUGCUUUAAUUAAGCAAGCUGAUUCAGUUACGAGUAGCGUUUCAUCGACGAGACUGAGCCCAUCAAGCAGCGGGUAUAAAUCUCAAUCUAUUCGGUCCGAUGUGACAACAUCAACAACCCCAUCACCCAAUUUGGCCAUGACUCAGUGUUCAUUUUCGCCUGAACCAAAUACAGUCGUUUGGGCAGUUUCCUCAUUAACGGCGGUUCCUCCCGGUGCCGUUUUAAUUAAUCCUGCUUCGGGACAACCAUACACAAAUCCCGAUGGUUCUUUGUAUCGUUACGAUCCAGACAAUCCGAUAAAAUUAUGUCCAACAAUAGAGGAAAAUACUUCCACUAUUGGACUUUCUAGUCCUAUUUUAGGUACGGGUGCACCUAGCAAUAUUCCAGAAAAUGUGAUAAAAGAGAAAGCUGUCACUGAGAAAACAACCAAGCCAGUCAAUUUUGAAUCUUCUUUUUCUAAUGUUACCACCGAUAACACAACAACAUUGCUUAUUAAUUCAUCAACCUCUCCCAGCCUUCCGGAGAUGACAAAUAGUGAAAAAAUACCCACCAAAGAUGGCAAAACUCAACAAUCGGAGUCGGCCAGAAUAGAAACAAUCAAAAAAUAUGAACGUCCACUCUAUCAAGAAGAAAGCUCUAAAAAUAACCCUAAUUCUGGGCAAUCAUAUUCUAAUUUUAUAGAAGCAAUGCCGAUUGAAAUUGCUCAAAAUAAUUAUAGUGGAACUGAAAGUGAAAAUGUUAUAUAUAACGAAAACGUAGGAAAUAUGGCGAGCGGAGGUCAAAACGAUGCAAGAGAAUAUUCAGGGCAAAACACCACGACGGUACCCUAUCAAGUUAACUAUCCCACAAAUGUUGGACCUCCUUACACUGGAGAAACGAUGCAUAUGCCUCCCGAAGUAAUUUAUUCGCAGCCAAUCGUUUACGCUUCUGGACAACAAGCCAAUUCUUACGGGAUAGUUCAGCCACCCGUCGGUAAUGGAACGCCUGUUGUCGGUCCACCGCAACCGUCUGUUGCCGCAGUGACUCCAUCCACUGCUACACCAGCCACUAUUGCAUAUGAAUCAAGACAAAACGAUGCAAAUCCAACGUUAGGCGUUCCGGAAUUAAGUAAUUAUUUUGUGGGUUUGAAUGUAGGGAACGAUCAAUCUGCUUCUGCAUCUAAUGCAGCUCCUCAGGUUGGUUACUGGACGUCAUCAGCAAACACUAGUCAAACACAGGGUUCAAAUCAUUCAUCUCAAAUUCAAAUAUAUUAUUUACCCGCAAGUUUACCAGCAGGAACAAUACAUCCAAAAUAUACAACCGAAACUCCAUCUGUGUAUUCAUAUAAUGUGCCUCCAAUGAUGUAUUCAUCGGAAUUGUGUCAAUCUAUGAUGUCGGUACCGAGCACACCUGGUGCGACUGCCAUGUUUCCGGCAUCAUAUUACGCUCCAGCUCCUAAUUCAACGAUACCCUACAGAGCACAGACUCCAUCUACGCCUCCGGCUGUCGCUGCAACCGCGGUAGCACCGAGUUUUCUCGUAUAUCAUCCGCAGCACGGAGCUCCACCACCGCCUCCUCCAAUUCAAUUUGGAAUGAUAAAACCACAACAGCAAGUACCUGCAAUCCGUUCUAGUCCACCUCCGGGGCCUCGAGCGAGGAUGCCGUGCAGCAGAUCAAUGUCGGAAAGAACACGACACGGUUCUUUAAACAUAGAUUCAAAGGCGUCAAAUUUACAUUUUUCGUCUUCUUUGUCAAUGUACGGCCUAAGAUUCGUUCCAGGUGAUUUUCAUUCAAUCGGAAUGAUGAGACCAGUGCCAAACAAUCGAGUAGCUGCAGGAACGGGAAGCUCAAAUUCAAGUCAUCAUCAUCAUCAUCAUCCUGCCAUUUCUCACUGUUCUGGAAAUGAUACAGUUUUUACAGCAUCCAGACCACCGAGGCCGAGAAAACAGCGAUAA